AUGUCAUACUAUUUCGCCAUCAUCGGCACCCAAGACAACCCGCUGUUCGAGCACGAGUUCGGCACGUCCAAGCAGGGCGGCGACGGCCUGUCGCGCUUCAGCGACCAGGCGCGGCACCUGAACCAGUUCAUCCUGCACAGCACGCUGGACGUCGUGGAGGAGGUUCAGUGGAACAAUGGGCAGAUGUACCUCAAGGUAGUAGACAAGUUCUUCAACAACUACACCUCCUGCUUCAUAACCGGCGCCAACGUCAAGUUCCUCCUCCUCCACCAGCCCACCGGCUCAGGCACGGGCUCCGGCGUCCGCUCGUCCACCUCCAUCGCCGCCAACCCCACCAGCGCCGCCACCGAGGAGGCCAUCAAGAACUUCUUCACCGAGGUCUACGAGAACUGGGUCAAGGCCGUCAUGAGCCCCUUCUACAAGGUCAAUAUGGAGGUCAAGAGUCCUAUCUUUAGGCAGAGGGUCGUGGCCGCGGGCAAGAAGUAUCUAUAG